CAGACUCAAAUCAAUGUAGCUUAUUACAAUUUAACUUUACAAAUAGAAUGAUGGAAAUUCGGUACUUGGAAUACUACAUAAUUAGUAUUUGACUAGCCAUUUAAGAAAUUAACCUACAUACUUUAGAUUCUGAUUUCACUUUUACUGCAACAUAGUGUAACACAAUCAUAUUUCCUUUAAACGUAACAUCAAAGUAUGGGUAAUAUUUUAAUUCAAAAGGUAAUACCUACUUGCUAGUGAUUUUUUUUCUGUGCUUAUCGAACAUAAAAAUACGGUCCAAAUUUGUAUAUCAUUUUAUUGUUACUUUAGUUUUAACUAAUUAGCUUAAUUUUUGCUGACAAUUUAUUAUUGAUCACAUAAAUACAGAAUUUCACCGCAAAAAAUUAAUUACUUUGUGAGAUUCUUUGUGAAUAGCAAGAAACAAGCUCCCGAUUGUGCAAAAUGUCGGAUUCUGAGUACGCAUCCAGCAUUGAAGACGUGGCCCCAUUAGAGGUGGUGCCACCACCGCGCUCGAGCAAGAGCAAGUCCAAAACCAGCGCGUCGACCUCAACCGCUUCUACGCCUGCGCCUAAGCCGAGGAAGCGAAAGCCUGCCGCCCAUUCCGUUGCGAACGUUGAAGCCCUAACUAGACCAAAGAAAACGAAGAGUUUGUUUUCAAUCAUUAAUAAGGACGAGCGGGCAAGUGCGAAGGAGACAACUCGUAGCAUCGCAUCGAGCUUUACAUCGCGGGUGUCUUCGGGCCAGUGUCGUCGGACUGCAGUCACCAGCGGCGAGUUCUACAUAGAUUUGAAAGUCUACAACACCGACGAUGUUAAGAACGUUCCACCCGAGGAGCGUUACAAGAAAGCGCUUGCAGCGGUAAAACUCCAAUGCGGUGAACAAUCCCAGGAGUGGGAGGCUCUACAAAGGUUUAUAAGUAGCGCUUACGUAAUUUUUGAAGAGUGCGAACCGACUUAUUACAGUAAUAAAAUAAACAUUAAAUAAUUUUUACUUGUAAAUAAACAUACUUAUUACACAGUUUUAAUAUUAUUUUUUACAUUCGAAUUAUUCAACAUUAUUUCUAGUAGGUAGGUAUAGAGACUUUAUUGUUUAUUAACUAAUUCUUGGUUCUAAAAUGCCUUUCUGUACUAUUUGUAACGUGUCCAUAGGUUCAACCUCUUGGGUAGGACACUUGCGGAGUCGCUUGCACAAACAAAAGAACUCCACCCAACCACACAGUGAUGGUGUGGAAAUCGUAGGUUCUGCAUUUCGCUCUCGAAUCAUUUCUUACCGAUUAGUUGCAAGUGAACUUGACCAAACUUCUAUAGAUAUUUUCUUUAAUUCUAUUCAUAACAAAAUAAAAUCACUUUUAGAUGAUGCUUUAAGAGUACAUACUUGCAUCAAAGUGAAUUUUGAAUUAUUUAGCAUUUUCCUGUUAUUCAAAAAUAAUAUGCAGGAAAUGAAAUCUUUUGUUACAAAGAAUUUUAUACUUUACCACAACUAUGAUUUUGAUAGUUUAUUUUCUAAACUAGUGAGUAUAUUGAAAAAGAAAAUGGAAGAGUUUGAGGAAAGCGAUAGUGGUUGGGCUUUUUUAAGUAAUUCACAUUUAGAAAUAAAUGUCAAUAAGUACCAACCAUUAGGUGGGUCAUCUUAUUUAAAAUUACCUAAAUUUAUUCAAAAUAAGAAAGCAUGUAUAAAUAUUCAAAAUAAAGACCAGUGUUGCUUUUUAUGGAGCGUAACAGCAGCUCUUUACCCUGCUCGAAAUCAUCCUGAACGAGUCUCGUCUUAUCCCAAUUUUAAAGAUGUUCUAAAUAUCAAUGGGAUAUCUUAUCCCGUCACAUUCUCAGAUAUUAGGAUUUUUGAGAAAAACAAUCCUAAGUUAAGUUUUAUCAUUUAUGGUCUAAAAAAUUCUAAAACCAUUAUUGGCCCCGUAUAUAAAUCUGAAAAUACCAAAAACAAAAAAACUAUUCAUUUGCUAAUGUUAGAAAAUGACGCGACGUCACAUUAUUGUCUUAUCAAGGACUUGUCGCGGCUUGUCAGAAAUCAAAUAACAGCUCAUCAUGGUAAAAUUUAUUUCUGUGAUACAUGCUUAGUGUUUUUUACUACUUUUGAUGAACUAGAAAAUCAUUUAUGUAGCGGGAUCGUCACUGUAUUACCUGAAAAGGGGACCGUCAUAAAAUUUAAUAAUUAUGACCGUAAACAAAAUGUUCCAUUCGUCAUUUAUGCAGAUUUUGAGACAAUUUUAGAAGUGCACAAAGACAAAUCUGAUACGCAAAAUACAAAAACGCUGCAGCACCAUAUACCCUCAGCGUUUGCGUACAAUAUAGUCUGUACUGUAAACACUAGCUAUAAUCGGUAUGUAUCAUAUCUCGGUUCUGACUGUGUUUCAAAAUUUAUAGAAUCUCUUUACCGUGAUGUUCGUGAAAUUCAUGCAAUCUUAUCUAAAAAUUUGCCUAUGAUUUUUACCGAAAAAGAUGCAUCCGAAUUUUUGCAAGCCACUCGCUGUCAUAUAUGUGAUAACUUUUUAUUUUCAGACAAAGUGCGCGAUCACUGCCACAUAACAGGAUUAUAUCGUGGUGCAGCCCACAGAUAUUGUAAUUUACAAUACAAAAUACCUAAGUUUAUUCCUGUAUUUUUCCACAACUUGGCAGGUUAUGACUGUCAUUUGUUCAUAAAACAAUUAGGUGAAAUGCCUGGAAAUAUUAAGAUUAUACCUAAAACUAAAGAAAAUUAUGUGUCAUUUACGAAAUUUGUUCCGAUUUCUGAUCAAGAAUUUAUGCAAUUGCGCUUCGUAGAUUCAUUUAAAUUUCUUGGCACUAGCUUAGAUAAAUUAGCAAAAACUAUUAAAAAAGAAGAGUUUGAUCAUUUACGCAUGCAUUUUCCAAUACCUACCCAAUUUAAUUUACUUACUCGCAAAGGUAUAUAUCCCUACGAAUACAUGGAUAACUGGGAUCGGUUUAAAGAGCGAUGUUUACCAGAAAAAAAAGAGUUUUACAGCUCCCUUACAAAUGAGCAUAUUACUGAUGAAGAUUAUGAACAUGCUCAAUCAGUUUGGUCACAAUUUAACAUCAAAAAUCUGGGUCAAUACACUAAAUUGUAUUUGAAAACAGACGUUCUCUUGU